AUGUACACUCUCGCAUUCAUCUUCACUCUCCUCUUCGCUACCGUCUCCUUCGCCGGCACGCACCAAGUCGUCUUCAAUUCUAACUGCCCCACUUCCUACCUUCAAAUUCCCGGUCAUGGCAACUACAAGCCCGGCACGUACACCUUCAACGGCGACGUCUCUGCUGCCAUCGCUUCUGCUGGGCCCAGCUGCAGCGUGGAUGGCAACAACUGCGCUUCAGUUGAGUUCACGCUCAACAGCGCUGGCACUAGCACGGGCGAUAUCACUCUCAUCCCUCCCCACAAGUCUACGAGCCAGGUCAACUUCCACAUGACGCCCGGCGGCUCGGGCGCUUCGUGCAACGACCAGAACUGCGGCAAAGACAAUGCCUUCUACCAGCCCACAGAUUACAGUGCUCAGCGUUACGAGUCUAGCCCCGACAGUGGGAUCGUCAUCAAUUUCACCUGCUAA